GUCACAGCCACCUUGGUCCCUGCCAAGCGCCCACGUCUCUGGAGGACGCUCGGCGCCAAUGCCUUGCUCUUUGUUGGCGUGAACAUGUAUGGGGUCUUCGUGCGGAUCCUGACUGAGCGCUCGCAGAGGAAGGCGUUCCUGCAGGCCCGGAGUUGCAUCGAGGACCGGCUGAGGUUGGAGGAUGAGAACGAGAAGCAGGAGCGGCUUCUCAUGAGCCUCCUGCCCCGGAAUGUUGCCAUGGAGAUGAAGGAGGACUUCCUGAAGCCCCCCGAGAGGAUUUUCCACAAGAUUUACAUCCAGAGGCAUGACAACGUGAGCAUCUUGUUUGCGGACAUCGUGGGCUUCACAGGCUUGGCGUCUCAGUGCACGGCCCAGGAGCUGGUGAAACUUCUUAACGAGCUCUUUGGCAAGUUCGACGAAUUAGCCACGGAGAACCACUGUCGCCGCAUCAAGAUCCUUGGGGACUGCUACUACUGCGUAUCAGGCCUCACUCAGCCCAAGACCGACCACGCCCACUGCUGCGUGGAGAUGGGGCUCGACAUGAUCGACACCAUCACGUCUGUGGCUGAGGCCACUGAGGUAGACCUGAACAUGCGUGUGGGUCUGCACACGGGCAGGGUCCUCUGCGGUGUCCUGGGUCUGCGCAAGUGGCAGUACGACGUGUGGUCCAAUGACGUGACACUGGCCAAUGUCAUGGAAGCUGCUGGCCUGCCAGGGAAAGUUCAUAUCACAAAGACGACCCUAGCAUGCUUGAAUGGGGACUAUGAGGUCGAACCAGGUUAUGGACAUGAGAGGAACAGUUUCUUGAAAGCUCAUAAUAUUGAAACCUUUUUUAUCGUGCCAUCCCAUCGCAGAAAGAUAUUUCCAGGCCUGAUUCUCUCGGAUAUUAAACCGGCCAAGAGGAUGAAGUUCAAGACUGUCUGCUACCUGCUGGUGCAGCUCAUGCACUGCCGGAAGAUGUUCAAGGCCGAAAUCCCCUUCUCCAAUGUCAUGACCUGCGAGGACGAUGACAAGCGGAGGGCAUUGAGAACAGCCUCAGAAAAACUCCGAAACCGCUCGUCUUUUUCUACCAACGUUGUCUACACCACCCCAGGCACUCGUGUCAAUAGGUACAUCAGCCGCCUCUUAGAAGCCCGCCAGACAGAGCUGGAGAUGGCGGACCUGAACUUCUUUACCCUGAAGUACAAACAUGUUGAACGAGAGAAAAAGUACCACCAGCUUCAGGACGAGUAUUUCACCAGCGCUGUUGUCCUUGCCCUCAUCCUGGCUGCCUUAUUUGGCCUUGUCUAUCUUCUAAUAAUUCCACAGACUGUGGCUGUCCUCCUCCUGCUAGUGUUCUGCAUCUGCUUCCUGGUGGCCUGCGUCCUGUACUUGCACAUCACUCGGGUUCAG